AUGAGGCGGCGUUACGAGGAUGAUGGCAUCUCUGAUGAUGAAAUUGAAGGGAAGAGGACAUUUGACCUGGAGGAGAAGCUGUCCACCAACAAGUUCAACUCCACCUUCGUGGUCUUCAUGGAAGGCAAAGACUUCACAGUUGAAUACAUCCAGCGGGGUGGCCUAAGGGACCCUCUCAUCUUCAGGAGCUCUGAUGGCCUGGGGAUAAAGAUGCCAGAUCCGGACUUCAGCGUCAACGAUGUGCGGCUGUGUGUGGGGAGCAGAAGGAUGGUGGAUGUCAUGGAUGUGAACACCCAGAGGGACAUCGAGAUGUCCAUGGCACAGUGGGCACGUUACUAUGAGACACCAGAGGCUGAGAGGGAGAAGCUUUACAAUGUCAUCAGCCUGGAGUUCAGCCACACCAAGCUGGAGAACCUGGUGCAGAGACCUGCUACGGUGGAUUUGAUUGACUGGGUUGAUAACAUGUGGCCCAGACACCUGAAGGAGAGUCAGACAGAGUCUACAAAUGCCAUCCUGGAGAUGCAGUAUCCAAAGGUGCAAAAGUACUGUCUGAUGAGUGUCAAGGGCUGCUAUACAGAUUUCCACGUGGACUUUGGUGGAACUUCUGUGUGGUACCACAUCCACCGAGGGGGAAAGAUCUUCUGGCUGAUCCCUCCUACGCCCCAGAACCUGGAGCUCUAUGAAAACUGGCUUCUCUCAGGGAAGCAGGGAGACAUUUUCCUUGGGGAUAGAGUGUCUGAGUGCCAGCGCAUCGAGCUCAAGCAGGGCUACACAUUUGUCAUCCCCUCAGGUUGGAUCCAUGCUGUGUACACUCCCAUGGACACGCUGGUUUUUGGAGGCAACUUCUUACACAGCUUCAACAUCCCUAUGCAGCUCCGGAUCUACAGCAUCGAAGACCGCACACGGGUUCCAAAUAAGUUUCGUUAUCCCUUCUAUUACGAGAUGUGUUGGUACGUGCUGGAGCGUUACGUCUACUGCAUCACCAGCCGCUCCCACCUCACCAAGGACUUCCAGAAGGAAUCUCUCAGUAUGGAUAUGGAGCUGAGCUCCUCGGACUCAGUGAACAUGGAAGAGGAGGAGGAGGAGGAAGAAGAUGAAGAUGCAGCAGGGAAGGAGCCCAGGCGACCGAUCACCAGGAGGUCCAUUCUCACCAGCCCCAUAGCCAAUGGUGCCAAUGUGGACUAUGAUGAACUGGGCAAGAGCUGCAGGAGCAGCCUGCCGGGGCUGAAGAAGACCCCAUCUAUAGACUCUUCCGACUCCAGCCGGGGCUCCCAAAACGGGCAGGCCUGGGAGCCGCCGGCGGGUGGCAGCCCCCGCAAGACCCGCAGGGUGCACCUGACACAGUUUGAGCUGGAGGGGCUGCGCUGCCUGGUGGACAAACUGGAGUCCCUCCCUCUGCACAAGAAGUGUGUUCCCACCGGCAUCGAGGACGAGGACGCCCUGAUCGCCGACGUCAAGCUGCUGCUAGAAGAAUACGCCAACAGCGAUCCCAAACUGGCACUUACAGGCGUCCCCAUCGUCCAGUGGCCCAAGAGAGACAAGCUAAAGCUCCAGGCCCGGCUGAGGGUACGCCUGCCCACCAUCCCCAUCACCAAGCCACACACCAUGAAGCCAGCCCCCCGCCCGACCCCCGUCAGGUCCACGGUGUCCCCCAUCGUGUCCGGCGCCAGGCGGAGGCGGGUGCGGUGCCGGAAAUGCAAGGCCUGCAUGCAGGGAGAGUGUGGCAUGUGCCACUACUGCAGGGACAUGAAGAAGUUUGGGGGACCUGGCCGCAUGAAGCAGUCCUGCGUCCUCCGGCAGUGCUUGGCGCCCAGGCUGCCUCACUCGGUCACGUGUGCACUUUGUGGGGAGGUGGAUCAGAAUGAGGACUCGCAGGACUUUGAGAAGAAGCUCAUGGAGUGCUGUAUCUGCAAUGAGAUUGUGCACCCUGGCUGCCUGCAGAUGGAUGGGGAAGGGCUGCUCAAUGACGAGCUCCCCAACUGCUGGGAGUGCCCCAAAUGCUACCAGGGUGACGACGCAGAAAAGGGCCAGAGAGCCCGCCAGCAGGCCAAGGCCAGGUUCCUGCAGAAGAGGCCGGGGCAGCGGGGCUUCUCCAGCAGGUGGCAAGCAGCCAGCGUGCGGCGGCAACUGGUCUGCUGGCCCCUGCCAGUGUCACCUGGGACACCAGCCCACGGAGACGACCGCUACAGGCGGCGGCAGCUGCUGCGGCUCCAGGCCACCGAGAGGACCAUGGUGAGGGAGAAGGAGAACAACCCCAGUGGCAAGAAGGAGCUGUCGGAGGUGGAGAAGGCCAAGCUGCAUGGCUCCUACCUCACCGUGACCCUCCAACGCCCCACCAAAGACGUCCACGGCACUUCUAUCGUCCCCAAGCUGCAAGCCAUCACCGCCUCCUCCGCCAACCUGCAGCACUCCCCGCGCCUGCUCAUGCGGCACCCGCCCGCCAGGAUCCCCCUGCGGGGCGGGGGGGAGGAGGAGGCAGCUGCCGAGGAGGAGGAGGAGGAAGAGGAUGAAGAGGAGGAGGAGAACGCUGAGGAAGGAGGGGAGGCCCGGCUGAACGGGCGAGGGGCCCGGGUGCAGGAGGGCGAGGAGAGCUGGAUGCAGCGCGAGGUCUGGAUGUCCGUCUUCCGCUACCUCACUCGCAGGGAGCUCUGCGAGUGCAUGCGGGUGUGCAAGACCUGGUACAAGUGGUGCUGUGACAAGAGAUUGUGGACAAAGAUAGAUUUGAGCAGGUGCAAGUCCAUCACCCCGCAGGCGCUGAGCGGCAUCAUCAAAAGACAACCAGUUAGCCUUGACCUCAGCUGGACCAAUAUCUCCAAAAAACAGCUCACGUGGCUUGUCAACAGGCUGCCAGGCCUGAAAGACCUCAUCUUAGCGGGCUGUUCCUGGUCUGCAGUCUGUGCUCUCAGUACCUCCAGCUGCCCCCUUCUCAGGACCCUCGAUCUUCGGUGGGCAGUAGGAAUCAAGGACCCUCAGAUCCGGGAUUUACUCACACCCCCGACAGACAAACCCAGUCAGGACAAUCGCAGCAAACUCCGCAACAUGAUCGAUUUCCGGCUCGCCGGCCUGGACAUCACGGACGCCACCCUGCGCCUCAUCAUCCGCCACAUGCCCCUGCUCUCCCGCCUCGACCUCAGCCACUGCAACCACCUCACGGACCAGUCAGCCAACCUCCUCACGGCCGUGGGCUCCUCCACACGCAACUCCCUCACCGAACUCAACAUGGCAGGCUGCAAUAAGCUGACGGACCAGGCCUUGCUCUACCUGCGCCGCAUCUCCAACGUCACCCUCAUCGACCUGCGAGGUUGCAAACAGAUCACCCGCAAAGCCUGUGAGCACUUCAUCUCGGACCUGUCCAUCAACAGCCUCUACUGCCUGUCUGAUGAGAAGCUGAUCCAAAAAAUCAGCUAGAGACCCUCCCCGGGGUAGACUGAGGAGAAGGAAAAGAACCC